CAAGGCCAGUUUCCACCCCAGACACCAGCCUGGGCAUCCUCUAGGCGACGCGCUUGGGUCUCCACCUGCCGCGGGAGAGAGGGGCGGGGCCGGGGGAGGGGCCUGGGCGGUGCCCCCGGGAGAGAAGGCGGGAGCCGGAGUGGACGCCCGAGCUGCGGCUGCUGUAGCUGCCCUAGCGGGUGUUGGGGCGGCGGACCGCGGGAGGGAGGGCUGGCGGGGCGAACGACUGGGAGACCUCAGAAAGACCAACGAGACUUCGGAGACCAGAGACGCGCCUGGGGGGACCUGGGGCUUGGGGCGCGCGCGAGUUCCCUUGCAAUCGCUGGGAGCGCGCGCGGGGAUCGUGCCAUGGCCGGGGCUCGGAGCCGCGACCCUUGGGGGGCCUCCUGGAUUUGCUACUUUUUUGGCUCCCUGCUCGUCGAACUGCUCUUCUCACGGGCUGUCGCCUUCAAUCUGGACGUGAUGGGUGCCUUGCGCAAGGAGGGCGAGCCAGGCAGCCUCUUCGGCUUCUCUGUGGCCCUGCACCGGCAGUUGCAGCCCCGACCCCAGAGCUGGCUGCUGGUGGGUGCUCCCCAGGCCCUGGCUCUUCCUGGGCAGCAGGCGAAUCGCACUGGUGGCCUCUUUGCUUGUCCCUUGAGCCUGGAGGAGACCGACUGCUACAGAGUGGACAUCGACCAGGGAGCUGAUGUGCAAAAAGAAAGCAAGGAGAACCAGUGGUUGGGAGUCAGUGUUCGGAGCCAGGCACCUGGGGGCAAGAUUGUUACCUGUGCACACCGAUAUGAGGCACGGCAGCGAGUGGACCAGAUCCUGGAGACACGGGAUAUGAUUGGUCGCUGCUUUGUGCUAAGCCAGGAUCUGGCCAUCCGGGAUGAGUUGGAUGGUGGGGAAUGGAAGUUCUGUGAGGGGCGACCCCAAGGCCAUGAACAAUUUGGGUUCUGCCAGCAGGGCACAGCUGCCGCCUUCUCCCCUGAUAGCCACUACCUCCUCUUUGGGGCCCCUGGAACCUAUAAUUGGAAGGGCACAGCCAGGGUGGAGCUCUGUGCACAGGGCUCAGCGGACCUGGCACACCUGGACGACGGGCCCUACGAGGCGGGGGGGUUGCUUUUUGUGACCAACAUUGAUAGCUCAGACCCUGACCAGCUGGUGUAUAAAACUUUGGACCCUGCUGACCGGCUCCCAGGACCAGCCGGAGACUUGGCCCUGAAUAGCUACUUAGGUUUCUCUAUCGACUCGGGGAAAGGUCUGGUGCGUGCAGAAGAGCUGAGCUUUGUGGCUGGGGCUCCCCGUGCCAACCACAGGGGUGCCGUGGUCAUCCUGCGCAAGGACAGCGCCAGUCGCCUGGUGCCCGAGGCUGUGCUGUCUGGGGAGCGCCUGACCUCUGGCUUCGGCUACUCGCUGGCUGUGGCUGACCUCAACAGUGAUGGCUGGCCAGACCUGAUAGUGGGUGCCCCCUACUUCUUUGAGCGCCAAGAAGAGCUGGGGGGUGCCGUGUAUGUGUACUUGAACCAGGGGGGCCAUUGGACCGGAAUCUCCCCGCUCCGGCUCUGUGGCUCCCCUGACUCCAUGUUCGGGAUCAGCGUGGCUGUCCUGGGGGACCUCAACCAAGAUGGCUUUCCAGAUAUUGCAGUGGGUGCCCCCUUUGAUGGGGAUGGGAAAGUCUUCAUCUACCAUGGGAGCAGCCUGGGCAUUGUCGCCAAACCUUCACAGGUGCUGGAGGGUGAGGCUGUGGGCAUCAAGAGCUUCGGCUACUCCCUGUCAGGCAACUUGGAUAUGGAUGGGAACCAAUACCCUGACCUGCUGGUGGGCUCCCUGGCUGACUCUGCCGUGCUCUUCAGGGCCAGACCUGUCCUCCAUGUCUCCCAUGAGGUCUCUAUUGCUCCUCGAAGCAUCGACCUGGAGCAGCCCAACUGUGCUGGUGGCCACUUGGUCUGUGUGGACCUAAGGGUCUGUUUCAGCUACAUUGCAGUCCCCAGAAGCUAUAACCCUACCGUGGCCCUGGAUUACGUGUUAGACGGGGACACAGACCGGAGGCUCCGGGGCCAGGUUCCCCGUGUGAUCUUCCUGAGACGUAGCCCAGAUGAACCCAAGCACCAGGCCUCGGGCACCGUGUGGCUAAAGCACCAGCAUGACCGAGUCUGUGGAGAUGCCAUGUUCCAGCUCCAGGAAAACAUCAAAGACAAGCUUCGGGCCAUUGUAGUGACCUUGUCCUACAGUCUGCCGACCCCUCGGCUCCGGCGACAGGCUCCUGGCCAGGGGCUGCCCCCAGUGGCCCCCAUCCUCAAUGCCCACCAGUCCAGCACCCAGCGGGCAGAGAUCCACUUCCUGAAACAAGGCUGUGGUGAAGACAAGAUCUGCCAGAGCAAUCUGCAGCUGGUCCGUGCCCGCUUCUGUGCCCGGGUCAGCGACACGGAAUUCCAGCCUCUGCCCAUGGAUGCAGACGGAACAACAGCCCUGUUUGCACUGAGUGGGCAGCCGGUCAUUGGCCUGGAGCUGAUGGUUACCAACCUGCCAUCGGACCCAGCCCAGCCCCAGGCUGAUGGGGAUGAUGCCCAUGAAGCCCAGCUCCUGGUCAUGCUUCCUGCCUCACUACACUACUCAGGAGUCCGGGCCCUGGACCCUGCGGAGAAGCCACUCUGCCUAUCCAAUGAGAAUGCCUCCCAUGUUGAGUGUGAGCUGGGGAACCCCAUGAAGAGAGGUGCCCAGGUCACCUUCUACCUCAUCUUUAGCACCUCAGGGAUCAGCAUUGAGACCACAGAACUGGAGGUGAAGCUGCUGUUGGCCACGAUCAGUGAGCAGGAGCUGCAUGUAGUCUCUGCACGAGCCCGUGUCUUCAUUGAGCUGCCACUGUCCAUUGCAGGGAUGGCCAUCCCCCAGCAACUCUUCUUCUCUGGAGUGGUAAGGGGUGAGAGCGCCAUGCAGUCUGAGCGGGAUGUGGGCAGCAAGGUCAAGUAUGAGGUCACGGUCUCCAACCAAGGCCAGUCACUCAAAACCCUGGGCUCUGCCUUCCUCAACAUCAUGUGGCCCCAUGAGAUUGCCAAUGGGAAGUGGCUGCUGUACCCAAUGCGGGUGGAGCUGGAGGGCGGUCAGGGGCCUGGGCAGAAAGGGCUUUGCUCUCCCAGGCCCAACAUCCUCCACCUGGAUGUGGACAGCAGGGAUAGGAGGCGGCGGGAGCUGGAGCUGCCUGAGCAACCGGAGCCUGGUGAGCAGCAGGAGCCUAGCAUGUCCUGGUGGCCAGUGUCCUCUGCUGAGAAGAAGAAAAACAUCACCCUGGACUGUGCCCGGGGCACUGCCAACUGUGUGGUGUUCAGCUGCCCACUCUACAGCUUCGACAGAGCGGCUGUGCUGCGUGUCUGGGGCCGUCUCUGGAAUAGCACCUUUCUGGAGGAGUACUCAGCUGUGAAGUCCCUGGAAGUGAUUGUCCGAGCCAAUAUCACAGUGAAGUCCUCCAUAAAGAACCUGAUGCUCCGAGAUGCCUCCACAGUGAUCCCGGUGAUGGUAUACUUGGACCCCGUGGCUGUGGUGGCAGAAGGAGUGCCCUGGUGGGUUAUCCUCCUGGCUGUACUUGCUGGGCUGCUGGUGCUGGCACUGAUGGUGCUGCUCCUGUGGAAGUGUGGCUUUUUCCAUCGGAGCAGCCAGCGCUCACCUUUUCCCACCAACUAUCACCGGGCCUGUCUGGCUGUGCAGCCUUCAGCUGUGGAAGUUGGGGGUCCAGGGACUGUGGGAUGGGAUUCUUCAAACGGGCGAAGCACCCCGAGGCCACCGUGCCCCAGUACCAUGCAGUGAAGAUUCCUCGGGAAGACCGACAGCAGUUCAAGGAGGAGAAGACGGGCACUAUCCUUAGGAGCAACUGGGGCAGCCCCCGGCGGGAGGGCCCGGAUGCACACCCCAUCCUGGCUGCUGACGGGCACCCCGAGCUGGGCCUCGAUGGGCAUCCAGGACCAGGCACCGCCUAGGUUCCUGUGUCCCAGCCUGGCUUGUGGCUCCCCUCCGCCCCUUCCCCAGAGAUGGCUCCUUGGGAUGAAGAGGGUAGAGUGGGCUGCUGGUGUCGCAUCAAGAUUUGGCAGGAUCUGCUUCCUCAGGGGCACAGACCUCUCCCACCCACAAGAACUCCUCCACCCAGCUUCCCCUUAGAGUGCUAUGAGAUGAGGGCAGGUAAAUCAGGGAUAGGGCCACAGGGUAAGGUGAGAAGGUCAGGGGUGUCUUGAUGCAAAGGUUGGGGGAAGGGAUCCUAAUCCCUCCCUCCCCCAUUCACCCUGUAGAACAGGACCCCAAGGACUUGGCUCCCUAAGAAGUGCCUUAGCCUAGAGGGUCAGGAAGAAGGCUGUGUCACUAACUCAGGGGCUCCUCCCUCUCUAGUUUCUCCUCUCCUCUGACCUUACUUUGCUACAUCAGUCUAGUGGUUUAAUCUAUUUAUUAAAAAACAUUUGAGAACAAAA